UACGCAUUGUACGCGGGGUAUGUGUGUCUUACGGUCGAUGCUGAUCAUGCACAUUAAUGACUUGACCAACCUCUUGGCUGGCUGGUUACCUGUCGAGACCAUAACGUGGGCCAUUGACAAGUAGACACACGGAUUAUGGUAGGGCGUGUUAAGACGGUAGAUAAUAAUAAUAAAGAAUAAAAAAUAAAUAAUAAAAGUAUAAGUAAAAGACAGUAGACAAUACUUGAUGCUUAAGCUCAAGUCUUGACCGAUGAUACGCCUUAGUAUUAAUGUGUAUGUAUAUAUAUACGUAUAUGUAUUGGUAUAUUAAGCCGGCCAAGGAAUAGACAUUGUUGCUACACACACCCUGGGUAACUACUCACUCUCACUCUUACUCCCGCCCUCAUCACAACUUACUCGUCGUGACUUGAGAGUCUCUGAGCCGGUUGAGAUGCUACCAAUGCAACGAACCGUACGUUAGUCGUUAGUCGGGUUUAAAACUUCACGAGGAUCAUAUCUUGGUCUUAAAUAAUAAAAUUUUACAAACAAUACUCAGUACUGUUUAAUUAUUUAUUUCACUCGCACUUAGAUAUAGGAGAAGAAAUAGUAUAAGUUACAGAAGAUAAUUAUAAGCAAGGAUCCAACAAGUUGUAGACUUGCUUUUUUGCUACUGAAAAGGUUUAAAAUUUUGAAUUUGAAAAUCAAACUUGAGGACAAUGGCCUACGAUGAUGUUAUUUUGCGGAUGGGAGAAUUCGGGAGAUAUCAACGUAGGAUUUAUGUACUUCUGUGCCUUCCAGCAAUUAUUUGUGCUUUUCAUAAAAUGGGUGGAGUAUUUCUAGGGCCAAAAAUGACUACGAGGUGUUUAUUACCUUGGGAAGAAAAUAACGCGUCAUUUGUAAUAGAUCCAGUUAUUAUGAAUGGAAGUUAUCCCUUGGAUGAGAAACAGGGACGAUCUCAGUGCACGAGACGAGUAAAUUUGACGGGAUACGUCCCUGAAGGUGCCGAAGGCGGAGGAAAUACUGGAAGUACCGGCGAUCCGACAAGGACGUCCAGCGACGGGCUUAUGACCUGCCGGGAAUUCGUCUUCGACACUAGCAUUUACAAAAGUACAACUACCUCGGAGUGGAAUUUAGUUUGUGAUAAAGCAUGGCUGAGAGCUGUUGGAGAUUCACUUUUUAUGGUAGGAGUGAUGCUUGGCUCAAUAAUAUUUGGUGGUUUGUCUGAUAAAUUUGGACGUAGACCUAUUUUCUUCCUGUCCCUAGUGAUUCAACUUGUCGGUGGUUUACUUGUUGCUGUUGCGCCGGAAUAUAUUUCGUAUGUUAUCUUCAGAUUGAUUGUCGGCUCAACAACGAGCGGUGUAUUCUUGGUAGCCUACGUAAUCGCUCUGGAAAUGGUCGGCCCGAAGAAACGGUCAGUUGCUGGUGUGGGCUGUCAAUUAUUUUUCACACUCGGUUACAUACUGACCGCUGGGUUCGCUUACUAUAUUCGUGACUGGAGAUAUUUACAAAUAGCCAUCACCCUACCGAGCUUUGCCUUUCUUGUUUACUGGUGGUUUAUCCCCGAGUCAGCGCGUUGGCUUCUCACUAAAGGCAAAGAUGAAGAAGCUAAAGAAUUAUUACAGCGAGCUGCUAAAGAAAAUGGUAUUGAAAUACCUCGUGAUACGUUAGAUUGUCUUCUACAUGAAAGUAAUGGAGAUAAUGUUCUUGUAAAUAGUCAAGCGUCGUUGUUUGAUUUAUUCCGUACGCCAAAUCUCAGAAGAAAAAGUCUGCUCCUUUUCUUCAACUGGCUGGUAAACAGUGGAACUUAUUAUGGUCUCUCGUGGAAUGUAAAUAAUUUAGGAGGAAACGAUUAUGUUAAUUUUGUUAUACUCGGUGCUGUUGAAGUACCAGCAUACUUAUUUCUCAUUUUUGUACUAGAACGUUGGGGAAGAAAGAGUAUUCUUUGUGGUUGCAUGGUUGUUUCUGGUCUUGCCUUAGUAGGAACAAUAUUUGUUCCCGAAGAGUAUCCAUGGAUGAUUGUCGUACUUGCAAUGAUCGGUAAAUUGGCAAUAACAUCCUCAUAUGGUGGCAUAUAUGUUUUUACUGCUGAGCAGUUUCCUACGGUUGUACGAAACGUCGGCCUUGGUGCCUGUUCAACUUUCGCCAGAAUUGGCGGUGUCAUUGCACCCUAUGUUAAUUAUUUAGCUGAAAUAUGGAAACCUCUGCCUCUAGUUAUAUUUGGAGCAUGUGCACUUGCCGGUGGUUUGAUAUCACUCAUGUUACCUGAAACACUUAAUAAAAAAUUACCCGAGACUAUUGAAGACGGUGAAUUAUUUGGAUUAAAAGACAAAACUUCAAAAUCGAAGAAAGAUAAAAAUCGUGAACUAAAGCAGCUUGAUGUUCAUCAUCUAAAUGACACCGACUCAAUAAAACCAUUGAAGCCAGUAGAGAAUGGAAUCCAUGAUUCGAAGCAAAAUGGAUGACGUUCAUAAGCUUAUUGAAAUUUGGAAAAGAUGUUUGCAGUAUUCGAGGAUUUUUUUUAAUCUGCCAAGCGUUAAAUACGUUUUUAAAAAAAAAGAAAAAGAAAAAAAAACAAAAAAAAAUAAAUAAAUAAAUAAAUAAAAGGAACAAAUGCCAAGUGUACCUUUGUACCGCAAUUGUUGUCAUUAGGGUAAUACAGAACAUUUGAUUGUUCAAAUUUAUCACAAGCACUGCGCUUUGAUGCUAAAAAUAAACAAUUAUGGUUGUGUGAAAUUUUAUUGAAAGUUUUUUAACAAUGUAACUUUUUUGUUUUAUAUAAAUAUUUUAAUUGCAAAUGACAGACGAAUGACUGAUAAAUUUAUAAUCGUAAUUAAAUAAGAAAAAACCAUCAACGCGCACUUUUAUAUUACUAUACAUAAUUUACACUAAAUCACUGAAUUGUUAUAAUAAAUGAAUUUGUUGUAUCAUUUUGACUAGUAUACUAUGAAUUUCAUUAAAUUCCUUUUUAUACAGAAAAAAUACACGAUUUUUUUAACAUUU